ACGCCUCUCCCAGUGACCAGUCUCGACACGAAAACUCAUCAGCCGAGCUUCUUCGGUUCUCAUAGCAACCACUUGGCAUCAGACCCUCCUUUGAAUGGUACCAACCGCCGGAUUGAAAUUCGAGUAGAUUCCAUCGAAUCGAAUUGGUCUUGUUCAAGGCCGUGCCGGACAGAAGUCAGAAAUGGUGUCCUCCGAGGUUCUCUCGAUUCUUCUGCUGUUCCUGGCUGCCCACGGAUCACACGCCCAGAAGCAGCAGCAAGAGGAUCCUUGCCAAACAAAGUCCAGAGUCGUCGGCGACAUAGAAUACUGCGAUCGUUACUGGGAAUGCGUCAACGGACGUCCAGAAUUGUUCGACUGUCCAAAUGGUUUGGUAUUCGCUGGGAAACAUCGAGGCGUAACCGAGGGUUGCGACUACCCCUGGAGAGCGAACUACUGCGACGGAAAACGUCAGGCGAAUCCACCUAUCCCGGCUGAUCAUUGCGAUUGGUUAUAUGGAAUUUUUGGUCAUGAGACUUCUUGCACGAGGUAUUGGACCUGCUGGAACGGUACCGCUACUGAACAACUUUGCAUCGGUGGACUUUUGUAUAAUGAGAGGGCCAGGUCUUGUGAUUGGCCGGAAAACGUCGAGGGAUGCCAGAAACAUCCACUCUGCAACGACGACGCGAACGGAAAUGUGCCCCUGGGCAAGUCUUGCAACCGUUACUGGCAAUGUCAAGGUGGAUACCCAAGAUUACAGAGAUGUCCAGCGAUGUUGGUCUUCGACAGAAGGUCGUUGAGGUGCGUUGUUCCACCCACGGAAGACUGCGACGUACCUACGACACCACCGAACCUAGAGGGUGAUCUUCCGGAAGGAAGGAACGAACAAGAACCGGAAGAAGAGAAUCUUCCUCCUGGUGUUCCACCUCUGCCUGCUGGUGCACUGCCUAUUCCUCUUCGAGCUCGUUCCAGAAAUUAAAUUAUAAUAAGGAAUUCUUUUGCGGGACCUUAAGUCGAGUUUCUACGUGUGCAAAGAUUAAUGUGUUGCUAUUAGCAAGAUGAUAGAUAUUUUUUUUAGUGUGAGUUUGGGGUGGAUUUUAGGGGAAAAUUGUGGUAAUUUGAAUUUAGAGGAUUGUUUUCGGUAACUUGAAGUUAGAUGACUGUUUUUGAUAAGUUGAUGUUAGAUGACUGUUGAGGUUAUGUCUUGUUGAGUCCAUUUUGAUUGAUUUUAUAUGGAAAUUCAUAUUCAAGUUUUGAGAUACAACCUCAAAUAUAGAGGUGCAUUUUAACAUGAAGAUACAUAUUGAAACUUAAUACAGAAAUUCAAUAUUUAAAUUUAAAAUAGAAGUUCAGUAUAUAAGUGCAAAACAAAAAUUCAAG